GCUUCCCCGCCGCCUGGGCGCCCGGCCCCGCGAGCGGCCCCCCCGACUUCGGCAGCAGGGUCGCCGGGAACCCCGGCGCCGUCGGUUGAUCCUUAAAUAAAACAAAAAUCUAUCCAGUAAAGGGCUUUCAUGAAGAAAUUAAAGAGAGAAAUUACAAGUAAGAGAGAAACCAAGAAUUAUACACCAGAGAAACCACCUAAAACAACUGUAUGGAGUAAGACAAAAGGAGUGAAUACAUCUGGAAGAAAUAUUACUUAGUAUAUUUUUGCCCACCUUUUUGUCCUAAAGGCUGCUAAGGAAGAGAGAAUAUAGUUUUCUAGAGAAAGAACGAGUGUGAUAUAAAAAUGGAAACCACAGUUUCCGAAAUUCAAGUUGAAAGCAAGGAUGAGAAGAGACCCACAGAAGUUAGUCCUCAAGAUGAGAGGCAGGAGGAAAGAGCAUCGAUGCUUUGCUUCAAGAGAAGAAAGAAAGCAAGCAAAGCAAUGAAGCCCAAAGCUAGCUCUGAAGCUGCUGGUACAGCAAGAAAGUGUCCCCCAGAAGCAGGAGCUUCUGAGCAGCCACGGCCCCCAGGGGGGGCCUGGGCCUCAAUCAAACGUCUUGUAACACGCAGGAAAAGGUCAGAAUCUUCAAAGCAGCAAAAGCCCUUUGAGGCCAAAGUGCAACCUGAAAUCAGUGCUGAGGAUGCUGAUCUUUCUAAGAAAAAGGCAAAAUCCGGACUUAAGAUUCCCUGCAUAAAAUUCUCAAAAGGAGAGAAACGAAGUAAUCAUUCCAAAAUUAUAGAAGACUCAGACUGCAGCAUCAGAGUCCAGGGAGAGGCUGAACAUUUGGAUACAAAAGCUCCAGCCCAAUCAGAUGACCAGGCAAUAAAGACCAAGUUGCCCCAGGAUAUAAGUAAAGAUGUCUCACGGAAAGUGGGUGAUGAGGUCUGUGAACCAAAUGUGAGCAACAGCACAACUACAGCUGGAGAAAAAGUGAUUUCAGUAGAACUUGGGUUAGAUACGGGGCAUUCUGCCAUUCACCCAGGAACACUAAUCCUUGAAAGAGAUACUGAAAUGACUGAGGAAAAACAAAGUGUCCAAUCCCAGCAAGCAAGCCCACUUGAAACUUCAGAAACAGAACAUCAGCCACCAGUGGUUUCUGAUGUUCCUCCCUCACCUGCCAUCCCAGAUCAGCAAAUUGUGGAAGAAGCCAGAAGCAAUAUCCUAGCAAGUGGACCAAAUUGGGAAGAGCAUGAAAGUAGAGAGAUUGUAGCUGAAGAGAGUGAGCAGAAAGAUACUGAAUUGAGCCAGGAAUCAGAGCUGAGAGAAAAUGAGGUCACUGCAGAGAAACCCAAACCAGAAGAAAGCAAAAGAAUGGAGCCAAUUGCUAUUAUUAUUACAGACACUGAAAUCAGUGAAUUUGAUGUUAAGAAAUCUAAAAAUGUCCCUAAGCAAUUCUUAAUUUCAAUUGAAAAUGAGCAAGUAGGGGUUUUUGCUAAUGAUAGUGGUUUUGAGGGUAGAACUUCAGAACAAUAUGAAACACUCUUAAUAGAAACAGCUUCUUCUCUUGUCAAGAAUGCUAUCCAAUUGUCUAUAGAACAGCUGGUUAAUGAAAUGGCCUCUGAUGAUAAUAAAAUGAACAAUCUUCUACAGUGACUUAAUUUCCAGAUCAUGGAAGGAAAAAAAAAAAAAGCUUCAUGUUAAAUUAUUUUGCAUAUUUGUGGCAUUUCUUAUUCAGUUACAAAUGAGAGGUUUAUCAUCCAUGGAAUUUACAGGUACAGUUCCAGCCCUGAAGUGCUAAAAAUUUAGUUUAUAAAACUCUCCUACCAUUGAAAUGCAGUCAUUUCUGGAUUUUGGAGGAAGGUAGUGCAGAUCGCAACGCAAGUGACAUACAGGGAAUUGCUAAAAUGACAUGUGGAAGUUGGGGUGCUUGGGGGGAGGAAGCUGUAUUUAUUGAGCACUUAUGGUAUGCCAGAAACUCUUUAAUAUUCUCUGAUGUCACAAAGCCUGGUUUCCUUUUGAUAGUUCAAUCCUGUGUAUAGGUUAACAUCACGUUCGAUUUUCAAAAAAAAUUUUUUACAGUGCACUUUUUUGUUUAAAAUGGUGAAUAAGGUGAGCUGUUUUUGUGAAUGUGUGAUUUACAGUUGUUACACUCAUAGGCAGUAGUCUUACCUCAAAAAAAAAAUAUUGCCUUUUCCUAAUUUCAGCAGAAUGUGCAUAUUUGAAUUAAACAUGAAUGUUUUUCUCGUCUUGCUUAAAUAUCGUACAAAAGCCAUUCACAAUUUAUUUCAAAUAGGCAAAUAAUUACCAAGUGCAAGGGUGUGGAAAUAGGCAAUGCAUUUUCCCUGUCCAUCUUUUUUCUGCCUCAAACAGACCUGUCUAAACCCAUUUCUGCAUGGGGGCAUCUGCUGAAAAGUGAGAACCAAAACCCAAAAAACUAAACAACAGCAACAGCAAAAACAAGAAGAGUGAAAUACUGUGUUGCAUCCAGGAGAAGGCAAACUGCCCAAGUAACAAAUGAUCACAGAAAACGUAGGACUCAUCUUGCAGGAUUGUGCCUCUAGAGACCACUUUCCUCCACCUCCCCCCAAAGAGGGAAUUCACAGCCAGCCUGGCAGUAAAAGUCCCAGGAAAUCGUAAUAACUUACUGAACAUAUUACUCACUUUUGAUCAAGAAUGAGCCAAGUUCAUGGUUGAAUAGAAAGUGAAAAGUUAUUGCUAAAGCACAUUGUAUUUUAAAUGUCUGUAUUCUCAUUGUGCCUGUGUCAAGAGGCACUAGUAACAAACACUUUACAUGGAUUUUGAAAAUUAACUUUUUCAUCAGUAUGUUCAAUCCAGCUAAUCCCUUACCAAAAAAAAAAAAAAA